AAAAAUUCAUUCUGCCGGCAUUUUCAGAUUAUUUCUCUCGCGAUUGCUGUUGGCCUGAAAAUCAUUCAUUCACUCUUGAAAAUUCGUGUUUGUUGUCUGCUGGUUCGUUUGUUGUCCCUUCGUAGUAAAAAGUCGGGAAAAAUUUGAAUAACUACGCUGUAUUAAUAUUGAGUUACGUGUCCAGAGCCAAGCAUUAGCCCCACUUUAGCUCUUUCUACCGAGAUGGAAGCGCAAAGCCUCCCGUACCUGGCCGAGUACGCCAAAAGUAACCGGGCCUCGUGUAAACUGUCUUCUUGCAAGCAGAAGAUUGAGAAGGAUGAACUUCGAAUCGCCGCAAUGGUCCAGUCCGCUUUCCACGACGGAAAGCAGCCGAAUUGGUUCCACGAGCGAUGCUUCUUCCAGAAGCACCGGCCCGGCACCGAAGGUGAUGUGGCCCAUUUCGAGGGGCUACGUUACGAGGACCAGGAACGGAUUCGAAAAAAGAUUGCUGCGCUCGGAUCCGGAGUGGUCGAAGCUGCUCCGAAGGGUAAGGGAAAGGGGAAGAAACGUACGGCGGAGCAGAGUAUGGCCCUGAAGGAUUUCGGCAUUGAAUAUGCUUCCUCCGGAAGGGCGACAUGUCGAGGUUGUGAAAUCAAAAUUUUGAAGGACGAACCUCGUAUCAAGAAGGUGGAUUAUACCACGGAAGUGGGAAUGAAAUACGGUGGCCAGGCAUUGUGGCAUCAUAUCGAAUGUUUCGCAAAGCUUCGUUCCGAGUUGGGUUAUUUCGAAAAGGGUGACGCCCUACCCGGGUUCCGUUACAUGAAAAAGGAGGACCAAGCUAAGGUUAAUGAACUACUUCCAGCUAUCAAGUCGGAAGAAGUUCCCAUAAAGAAGCUUAAAUCGGAACCUACCGAUGAAACGGACAACGCUCAGGCAAAGAUUGAUGAAGAAUUGUACGCCCAACAGCAGAAAGCGUUCUUCAAGAUCCGUGACAAAAUCAAGGAUGAGGAAAUGAAGAAGAAAGACCUAGAGUCGAUCCUCAAACGUAACAAACAAGCUAUUCCGGAAGGCUUCGAUGCCAUUCUGGAACGUGUAUGUGACAUUUUGACCUUCGGUGCCUUGCAAAGUUGUCCGAAGUGCAAGGGUCAAUACGUACUCCAAAAAUCGGCAUACAUGUGCGAGGGCAACUUAACUGAAUGGGUCAAAUGUUUGAACACAGAUCCUAAACCACCCCGUGUUCCCACAAAGGUUCCUACUGAAAUAAAAGAUGCUUUUCCGUUCUUGAAAAAGUACAAAUCCGUUGUCAGUGACAGAGUUAUCAAAUACAUUCCCCCGAGCUUGAGCACCACCAUGAAGAAAGUUAAGAAAGAAGAACAGUUGGAACCGAAAAUUAAACGCGAAAAACCUCCACUAUACCAGCUGCAAUUUGUUAUUUUGGGUAAAACUGCAACCCCAAAAGAAGAACUUAAGAAAAAGAUUGAAAAACUAGGUGGAAAGGUAACCACCAAAAUUACCAAUACAAUCGCUGCUAUUAUUUCUACACCGGAAGAGGUUGAGCGGCUUAGCAGUCGAAUGCAGGAAGCCAAAGACAUGCAAAUUCAGGUGGUACCGGAAGAUUUUAUCGAAGAUGCCAAGGGCGGUGGCGCGCUUACCUACAUUACGUCCAAAGCCAUUUGCGACUGGGGUUCAGAUCCGAUGAGUCGAAUUCCUCAGGAUGAGGAAAAAUCUAAGAAAAGCAUGUACACCAAAUCGGUCCCCUCGAAAGUUACCCUGCAGCUAAAGGGAGGUUUGGCCGUUGAUCCGGAUUCUGGACUAGCCGACGUGGCCCACGUCUUCAAGAAGGACAAGGAUAUCUACAACUGUGUGCUCAACAAGGUAGACAUCCAGGCAGACAAAAAUUCCUACUUCAAGAUGCAAAUUUUGCAGGCCGAUAACGGCAACAAGUUCUGGUUCUUCCGCGCCUGGGGUCGAAUCGGUACUACCAUCGGGGGAAAUAAGCUGGAAAAGUGCGACACUGCUUUCGAAGCUAUCGAUUCGUUCAACUACCACUAUCAGGAUAAGUCGGGUAACAGUUGGGAGUCCUACCGUAAUGGUACCUUCAAGAAACGUCCCGGUUUGUACUUCCCGGUAGACAUCGAUUACGGUGAUGAGAAAACUAAGAAGCUGACCGAAAACGUUAACGAUGUCAAAUCAAAACUGGAACCAGCAGUGAAGGAUCUCGUUCGCAUGUUGUUUGAUGUGGACACCAUGAAGAAGGUCAUGUUGGAGUUUGAACUCGAUAUGGAGAAGAUGCCAUUGGGUAAAUUGUCCCAGAAGCAACUUCAAGCUGCCAUGAAGGUGCUGACGGAAAUUUCGGAACUCAUUGUUAACGGUGGCAGCAAUCCACAGUUUAUCGAUGCCUCGAACAGGUUCUAUUCGUUGAUUCCACACAACUUUGGUGUGGAAACUCCACCGGUGAUGGAUACCGUUGAAGUCGUCAAGGAAAAACAAGAUAUGUUGGACAGCUUGAUGGAGAUAGAAAUAGCCUACAGUCUGCUGAAUGCUGAAACCGAUGAGACGAAGAAUCCGUUGGACGCUCACUACGAACAACUGAAGACCGAAAUAGAAACGUUGAAGCCCGCGUCGGAAGAGUUCAAGAUCCUGGAGCAAUACGUAAAGAACACACACGCAGAAACUCAUACGGCUUACGAGCUGGAAAUCCAGGAGAUCUUUAAGAUUAAGCGCAAGGGCGAAGAUCGUCGGUUCAAGCCUUUCAAAAAGUUGCACAACCGCAAGCUUCUGUGGCACGGUUCUCGUUUGACCAAUUUUGUCGGUAUUCUCACGCAUGGUUUGAAAAUCGCUCCACCAGAGGCACCAGUCACUGGUUAUAUGUUCGGUAAGGGUAUCUACUUUGCCGAUAUGGUAUCCAAAUCGGCUAACUAUUGUUGCACCAGCCCGGCCAAUCCGACGGGUCUUAUGAUGCUGUGCGAGGUCGCCCUGGGAGACAUGGUCGAAUAUACACAGGCUCACUACGUUACCAAACUACCGGCAGACAAGCAUAGUACCAAGGGUGUUGGCCGAACCCAACCGAAUCCAUCGGAAGCUUACAAACGCCCAGAUGGCGUGGAAAUUCCGCUCGGCAAGGGCAUGGUGCUGGAUAAGAAGCUCCAGUCCUCGCUGCUGUACAACGAGUACAUUGUGUACGACGUUGCUCAAGUCAACUGCCAGUAUCUGUUUAAGAUGAACUUCAAAUACAACUAUUAGAUAGAGUACGGACGUUCAUCAACUUUUUGCAACAUUCGAUAUUAUUAAUGCAGUUAUAUUUGUGUAAGACUUUUUACUCUUAACCAGCAGCAGUACAACUUCUAAUAAGAAAAAUACAAUCCAAUAGUUCAGAUCUGUAAAGAACGAACAAAAAUGAUUCACAUUCACCGGAGCUUUCUGCCAAAAUAACCAAGAGAAAAAAAAUCACAAGGUUUACAGACAGACCACAAGCAGUAUACGUUAUCAAGGAAGUUGUUUUUUGUUUUAUCCUUUGUUUAUCUAUGGUUUACGUUGUGAGAACCUUUCGAUUCACUUUCAUGUUUGGAUUCAAACUGCAACUUUUUUUUCUAAAUACAUACGUAAUGUGUUAAAUUGAAA